AUGGCCAAUCAACAGUUUGCCAGUAAGCUUCAGGAGGAAGUGAUCUGCCCCAUCUGCAUGGAUAUUCUGCAGGGCCCUGCUACCAUCGACUGCGGACACACUUUCUGCCGCAGGUGCAUCACUCAGAGUUGGGAAGCAGCAGACAGCAUUCUUAAAUGUCCCCUCUGCAACAAAACUGUGAGGGGGGACACGAUCGUGCCCAACUGGCUGUUGGCGAAUCUGGUGGGGAAAAUCCAAGCUAUGGAUCCCUCUGAGAUGCAGCCAGAAACGAAAGAGCUGAGAUGUCUGAGGCACGGGGAGAAGUGUCAUUUCUUCUGUGAGUUCGAUGGCAAGUUCCUCUGUGUGGUGUGUCAUGAAUCCAAGGACCACAAAUCCCACAAUGCAACUUUGAUAGAAGAAGCUGCCCAGAGUUAUCAGGGGCGGAUUCAAUCGCAGGUUGAGGCCUUGCAGCAAAAAGAGAGGGCGAUAGUUCAAAUGAAGUCACAAGGUGAACAGAGGAUCGAUGUCUUCAUGGCCCACGUGGAAUCUGAGAGGCAAAAGAUCAUCACAGCAUUCAGACAGCUGCGUCAGGUGCUACAGGAGGAGAAGAACUUCCUCCUGUCACGAAUCAACUGGUUGGAUCAGGAGAUCACCAAGUCGAAGAAAUUCUAUGUCAUUUCCACCAAGUCGCAGCUGAACUCUCUCGGGAAGCUUAAGGAUUCCUUGAAGGCCAGGCAGUGUUUGCCGCCCGGCCAGCUGCUCCAGGACAUCAAACCAUAUCUUUCUAGGAGUGAAGGAUUUUGCUUUCUCAACCCAACCCCUGUUUCAAUGCACCUGGAGAAAAAACUCAGUGAAGCCAAGUCACGGCAUGAUUCCUUCACAGAGAGCCUGAAGAAAUUCAAAGACAGCCUCCAGCCUGAGAGCAAGAAAGAUAAAAGCAAAUUCUUCAAAGGCAUGACUGAAGAACACAUAAAGAUCUGGUACCUGUCAAACAAAAACAAUCCUAAAAUGAACAAAACCUUGGAGCCUGAGUUGACCCCUCCAGUUGACAGAACAACUAAACCAGUGCCACCAAAUCCCAAACCCUCAACUUCAUUCGCCCCACUCUUCCGGAGCCGAAGCAGGGCCUCUUUUGUUUCUUAUUUACCGAUCCAAGACAGCUCUGAGAACCUGGGGGGCCCUGGAGCUACGGUUAUUGAAGAGCUCAAGAUGGCGCUGGUCCCAGUGACCCUGGAUGCGGCCUCGGCUCACCCGGAUCUCAUCAUUUCCCAGGAUCUGAAGACAGUGACGCUGGACCAAGUUUUUCAAAGCGGCUGGGCUGAGCCCACCGACCCUGAGCGCUUCCAUCCGUUCCGCUGUGUCCUGGGCUUGCCAGGCUUCUCCACCGGCUGCCAGGCCUGGGAGGCGGAGCUCCAAGGGCCCGGGGGCGGGGGCUGCGUGGUGGGCGUGGCCUCAGAUCCAGUACCACGGAGGGGCACGCUGGUGUUGGCGCCCUUGACCGGCUUUUGGGUGCUGCGCAUCGCAAGCUCCAAGUGCCAGGCGCUCACCGAGGUCGACACCAGGGAGGAUCUCUCGGUCUGUCCCAGGAAAGUGGGCGUCCGCGUGAAUCACGAAUGCGGGGAGGUCGUCUUCUACGACGCCACUACCAGCAACAACAUCUACACCUUCCAGGCCUCCUUUGCAGGGCAGGUCUUCCCCUUUUUCUGGCUCUUGUUUCCCGGCACCCAGAUCACCCUGAGUCCCUAG